UGAUUUCUGCAAACAUUCAGGUUACCAUUUCUUAUUUACCAAAAUGAAGUUCGCCGGUCUCGUCUUUUUGAUGGCUCUUUUGUGCUAUGUGGCCCAAGCCAAAUAUGUUUGCCACUGCAGCUCCAAGACCAACGUGUCUCUCCACAGCAAUGCUCUUACCAAGAAGUCUUACAACUAUGUUCAUACCAAGGUCUUGAACUGCCCUGGUGACAAGUUCCAGUCCAGCAACAUCAUUAUGGAUGGUAUCUCUACCUACGACACCGAUGGUAAAGCCUGUGCUCAAGCUUUCAUGAAGGCCUGCACCAGCUAUGGAGCCAAGAGAGGAUGGUGUGCUAAUUUGUAAAACACACAAAUACUAUCAUAAGUCAAUAAACGUCCAUUGUCAUUGACCUUGUCCUUAUGCUAAUUUUAUUGCCAUCACAAUGGUUGUCUUGUAAUAAUAACGUAUAUAGCCAUCAAUUUGCUGCCCAG